ACUUUCGCAGAUGUAUUUCUUUUUGCGCACACGCACACACGCAGAUAAAUAUAUAUAUAAUAUAUAAAUAUGUAUGUAUAAACAUGAAAUUUGGACGAUACUAACAUGAAACAGAUACGUACUGAUAUUUGAAUAUAAGUAAAGAAAACAGAAAUUUGCACUAAACAUGACGUCACGCUGUGUCGAAUCGGCAAAUGUGUGUUAACGGUUACGUGUCCCUGGGCUUUGUUUUGGUUGACAAAUGCAGCAUAACUUAGGUAAACAUGGCAAUCUCUAUAGCCAUCUUGGAUUGUGACCUACUUCUACAUGGUCGAGGUCAAAAGACGCUGGACCGCUUUGACCUGGGCUCUGUGUCAGACAAUGUCCUCCUCACACAGUUUGGCUUCCCCAGAGAGUUUAUUCACUAUCUGGUGGAAUUACUAAGAGACGAUCUCUCUCGACGGACCCUGCGGUCCAGAGCCAUCAGUCCUGAGGUCCAGGUGUUGGCUGCUUUGGGUUUUUACACUUCAGGCUCAUACCAGACGUAUAUGGGAGAUACUAUAGGGAUCAGCCAGGCCUCGAUAUCAAGAUGUGUGUCAAAUGUGACCAAAGCCCUGGUGAAGCAGGCUCCUCAGUUCAUCACAUUUAAAAGGGAUCCCUCCAGCAGAGAACUGUCCUACCAGGAGUUUCAGAGAGUUGCAGGAUUUCCAGAAGUUGAAGGCGUGCUGGACUGUGUUCAGGUCGCCAUCAAAGCUCCAAAUAGUGAAGACACGUCAUAUGUGAACAGGAGGGGGUUUCACUCUGUGGGCUGCCAGCUUGUGUGUGAUGCUCGGGGAUUGUUACUCAGUGCAGAGACCCACUGGCCCGGUGGACUCAAGGACACUGAAGUGCUGGAAAGAUCCGCCAUCUACAAACAGCUGCAGAACAACGAGAAAGGCUGGUUGCUGGGUGACUGUCGAUACCCCCUGAGGAAGUGGUUAAUGACGCCGGUCACCAGCCCACAAACCCCGGCAGAGUUCCAGUAUAAUCUGGCCCACGCUGCCACUCAUGAGAUAGUGGACAGGACCUUCCGAGCCAUCCAGACCAGAUUCAGAUGUUUAGACAGCACCAAAGGAUACUUACAGUAUUCUCCGGAGAGGAGUUCGUCCAUCCUGCUGGCCUGCUGUGUCCUCCACAACGCCUCCCUACAGUCUGGACUGGACGCCUGGACCAUGGAGAGGACCGUCCCCCCCGAACAGCACGAGAGCCUAGAGCAGAGACCUGAGGAGCGAGACAGCCACGCAGAGGAGCUGAGAAAAGAACUCGUACUCGGACACUUCAGCUAAAAUCCUGACUGGAUCGUCACAUCAAUAAGGUCAAAGGAGGUCAAGACUGAGGAAAGACUGAUUCAGGAAGGACACCGUGUUGCUGAUGCAGUUUUUUAAUAUUUUGCUGUAUUCUAUUCUACUGGCUACACUAAGAUAACAUACUUAUAUAUAUUUAUAUCUAUAUAUGUAUACAUAUAUCCACAUAUACAUAUAUAGGUAUAAAGGAACAUGCACGGCUCUAUACAACAAACCAAGACGACAUUAUAUUCAAACACAUUUCAAACAACUGAGCUCCUCAGAAAGUCCCAGAUUAUUCUCUGUGGAAUUCUCUAGUGCCCUCUGUAGUCUGGAGACAACUAUUCAAACUGUGUGAAGCUACUGUCAUCCAGGUUUCUUUAUGAGUGGGAAAAAAAUCACCCUCUACUGUAAUUUCUUUUAAACCCUUCCCCAUUUUUCCCUCUCCAUUCCACAGGUUUAAAGUCUUGGACUAUGUGACAAUACAAAAACAAGGCCCUUUAUUUACAACAUCUGCACAUUAGGUUGUUGUUAUUUAUGUACACUGGUGCGCUGAGACUGUUUAAGGGAUUAGAAUGACCGAGUGGGUGAGCGAGUGGUCGCAGUCAAAUGGUAUUGACAGCAUGAGAAACGCAAAAUUUAAUUGAUAAAGAAUUGUAUUUCUGGUUGUUUUAUAGUGAGCAACUUGAACUAGGACGUUUUAAUUUGAAAGCAACACCAUGACAUUUUUUUGCAGAGCAUUAUUAUUAUUCUUGUUCUCACAUUUUUUGAAAAGUGGUGAUGAAUUAAAAAAAUAAAAAAAAUAAAAUGAAAAUGUCAUGGUGUCGCCUCAAAUUGGAAAAAACUAAUCUGUGUUUUAAUUCCUGGAAUGUUUUUGGUCCACUGAUGGGCUUCAUCAAUAUAUACACACUUUCUACACACAGGAAUAAAUACAACAUAUGCACUGCUGUCGCAUGA